AUGGCAUCCAGCCAAGCGCCCGGUUCCUCUGCGCCCUCCUCUAAUAUCAAUUCCCCCCUCCUCCCGCCAGGCAAUGGGCCCCUUCUCAACGGCGCAUUAUCCGAUCUGAACGGUCGAUCGUCUCCAGCUCCCGCCAGCAACGCAUCUAUACAGGGUGGCGAUGCAGCUCGCGCAAAACGUAACAAGCGUGACAGCCGCAAAAAGCGCGAGGCCAAAGGUCUUGACACGGAAAGCGUGCCGCCGCCCAAGAAACGUGCAAUUGCUGCAAGCAUCGCCCGCUCCAGUUCCGAGCUUUCAAUUCUCCGUCCAUUGCUGCUCGCCGAGCCCAGGACCUCAGAUCUAUACCCACCGCAAAAGCGUCAACUCAAUCUCGUGACGAGCAAGAUAUCGCAGGUGCUCGGCCAGAGCUGGGAUUUCUACGAAGUGGUCGAUAAACUCACCAAUAAGAAUGGCUUUCGCUAUAGUUAUGCCAUCGGCGACCCGGGCUUCCCUCAUAUUAAGUACCGACAAACCGAUGUCCAGCCAUACCAUGCACGCUUCAGUUUCGAGGAUUCGCCCGCUGCCAUCUCCUUCUCGGAAGAUGCCAGGGCGGUAACUACGAGCGCUGCGUGGCACACAGCACGCGCAAAUGUUUGCGCUCGAGAAGGCUCAUACUAUUAUGAAGCGCGAGUUAUCAGUGGCCGAGUUAACAAUGCCCUGGCUGCCCCGCAAAAAGGUGGCGCUGAUGCAUCGCCGCGUGGCCAUGUCCGACUCGGGUUCGCUCGACGCGAAGCCGAUCUCGACGUUAACGUGGGUGUCGAUUGCUACGGGUAUGGCAUCCGCGAUGUGAAUGGCGAAGUCGUCAAUCGCAUGCGCUGCGAACCCUUCCCCAAGGACAAGGCCAUCGACGUCAAAGAAAAUAUCAACGAAGGUAUCAACGAAGGGGAUGUCAUCGGCAUGCUAAUCACCCUUCCGCCUCUAUCUCUACACAAGAAAAUCGUCGAAGGCAACUACGAUCCCGCCGUGGAUGGCGAUGGCUCAGAUCACUCAUCACGAGCCCCCACAGCCACCAAUAUUAUCCGAGACCGAAUCCCCUUCCACUACAAGUCCGACUUUUGCUGGCAACAAUCCAACAUCUUUUCUACCAAACACCUCCGCGACUACGCCUUCAACCUGAAAGAAACGCCCACGUUCGGGCCUCCCUCCCCGCUGAACAGUGAAGACGCUUCCCUCCGCACUUUACCCGGCUCUAGCAUUACUAUUUUCAAGAAUGGCGUCAAGAUGGGCACGCCUUUCAAAGAGCUCUAUGCAUUCCUGCCGCCGGCGAGUCGUCUUGCCAACGGUACUAAUAAUCUUGGCAUUGGAGAGCGUGAAAAUGCCGACGAUGGUAUGAUUGGUUACUACCCAGCUGUGAGCUGCUACGGCGGCGGUGCUGUCGAGUGCCGCUUCGAGGAUCCAUGGUGGUUUGGCCCCCCUGAACAAAAUGACUCCGGGGAGCCUGUCCGGCCUAUGGGCGAGCGCUUCAACGAUCAGAUCGUGGAGGACGUGAUUGCCGAUAUCGUCGAUGAGGUCGAAGCCAUGUUCACUUGGGGCGGUGUCGACGGCGACGUCAUUGGCAACAAUAACACAGAACUCGACGGCACGGCAUCUGGUGCGGUCGGAGGCUCCGACGUGCUACAAGGCGGCGUUGGUGCCGCUCUUGACUCGGCCAUCUCCGCUACCGCUGGCGCGGCGGGGGCUUCUGAUUCUGCUGCGAAUAGCAAUCAAGCAACGCCUGCUGCCACAGUGGAUGCUGCGGCUGCCAACCCGGUUCUGGAAGACGCGAUGAGCGUGGACACGGCUGGGACUCCGAAUCAUGCCGUGGAAGCUCCAGCUGUGGGUUCGGACGAAGAUGUCGAGAUGUCCUAA